AUGGCUGAUGAACAUAUCAUAGGGGCUGAAGCUGAAGAUAUUCAGUUUAUACGAACAGAAGAUCACAUAUGUCUCAGUUGUAUACCUGUUUCGAGCCUCAAGCGUAUGGCAUUAUCAGCUGAAGCAGUUGGAAAUCGAAUGUGUUAUCUGGAAGAUAUUUCCAAUGAAGUUUGUUGUCCUGAUUUGGCAUCAUGUAUAUUUCUUUUGGAACAAGCAGUAUCCGUUCGAGCUCUACAAGAAAUGGUCAAUACAACUUCAGCCGAAUCAUCAGCAAGUCAAGGUGGACAAACAUUUCGAACACUUUUGUACGGCCAUGCAGUACUCCUUCGACAUUAUCGUAGUCAAAUGUAUCUGAGUUGCUUAUCGACAAGUACAUCCAAUGAUAAAUUGGCUUUUGAUGUGGGUCUGAAAGAAGAUGCGAUAGGUGAAUCAUGCUGGUGGACGAUUCAUCCUGCAUCGAAGCAACGAAGUGAAGGUGAAAAAGUGCGAUUCAAUGAUGAUGUUAUUCUAGUAUCUGUUUUCUCUGAACGUUAUUUGCAUGCAUACAUGUCCAACAGUGAACGUGGUCGAGUGAAUGCUUCGUUUCGUCAACAAGUUUGGAGUCUUGUACCGAUAUCCAGCGGAAUAGCACGAAUUAAAAAUCCAGGAUUUGUCCUUGGUGGUGAUGUUCUACGAUUAAUGCAUGGUAAUAUGGAUCAUUGUAUAACAACUCUACCACCGGACUCCUCGACAAUUGAUGAUGCAGGAAGUCUAUUCAUCAAAGGUGGUACUGCUUGUUCUCAAGCACGGUCAUUAUGGCGUAUUGAACCAUUUAAAACCAAAUGGUAUAGUGGUUUUAUCGGAUGGAAUGCCUUGAUUCGUCUUCGACAUAUCACAUCUGGUCUGUAUCUCGCCGUACUUGGUGAUGAGAAUGGUCCACGAGUAACGUGUAUACCGAAAAAGAAUGCCAGUCCGAUUGCGAUCACAUUCGAAUUGCGCAUGUCGAAAGAAAAACAAUCAGAAGAGAAUCAAGAGGAAGAAGAUAAUUUAGGUGUACCGACCAUCAAAUAUGGUGAUGCGAUCGUCUUCAUACGUCACGUGGAUUCAGAUCUUUGGAUUAGUUACGAAACACUUCAAUUGACAAUAAAAGGAAUUGGGAAAGUCGAAGAAAAACGAAUUAUCCCAGCUGUUGAAGGUCAUAUGGAUGAUUGUUUUCGACUCGUACGAGCACAGGAACAAGACCAAAAAACGGCAAUUGUGAUUCGAAUAUGUAGCGCGAUGCUUGGAAGAUUCAAUCGAACUGAUCCGAUGUCAAUCGAUUCCGAAAUGAUCAAUCAUCUGUUGGGUAAAAGCGAUGCCAUUCAAGCACUUUUACAGGAUUUGAUUCGAUUUUUCGCACAACCAUCAUCAUCACUUGAUCAUGAAGAAAAGCAGCUACGUCUGAAGAUAUUGAAGAACCGACAAGAUCUUUUUCAAGAAGAAGGAAUGAUACGAAUAUUAAUUGCAGCAAUAAACUUUUUUAGCGAACGUCGAGAUAAAUCGACACUAUUAGAAGGCGUUGAAGAAAAAAUCGAAGAUAUUACAAAUAAACUCUAUGUUGUCUUAGCAGCGUUGAUAAAAGGUAAUCGAGCUAAUUGUUCGAAUUUUGCUCAAAGUGCACGACUUAAUUGGCUUGUCAAUCGCCUUCAAUCACAACAAGCGUCCAGUGGAGCUCUCGAAGUACUUCACAGUGUACUUGUUGAUAGUCCUGAAGUUUUGAAUAUGAUUACAGAAGCACAUAUACUCGCGAUCAUCGGUCUGCUGGAUAGAAACGGUCGUGAUCCGAAAGUGCUCGAUGUUCUCUGCUCUUUAUGUGUCAAUAAUGGUGUAGCUGUACGUGCGAAUCAGAAUCUGAUUUGCGAAAAUAUCUUACAACGGCGUGAUCUUCUUUUGCAAACUGCACUUGUUGACCAUGUUACUUGCAUGCGUCCAAAUAUUGUCGUUGGUAUCGAAGAUGGUGAAUCGAUGUAUCGCAAAUGGUACUUUGAAGUUAUUAUCGAUUACAUUGAACAAGUUACACAUAUGCAGCCACAUGUACGUGUUGGCUGGGCAACAACUCAUUUUCAACCAUCACCUGGACAUGGCGAUGGCUUUUCAGCCAACGGCAUAGGUGAUAAUACGUACUCGUACGGUUUCGACGGUAGAAACAUUUGGUUCGCUGGCCGUUCUUAUAAUGUAUUUAAUGAUCAAUCUCAAGGAAUUGCCUUGAAAAAGAAUGAUGUUAUUGGAUGUCUACUGGAUUUGAAUAUGCCGGAAAUGUGGUUUUCAUUGAACGGUGUUCCUAUCAAAGCUCUUUUACGCGGAUUCAAUUUGACUGGAAUGUUUUAUCCGGUGAUAUCAUUAUCAUCGCGUGUGAGUUGUCGAUUCUUACUUGGUGGAGAGCAUGGCCGAUUCAUUCAUCGACCACCGGAUAGUGCUGCGCCUCUUCACGAAGCAAUGCUAUUGAAACAGAAACUUUGCAUUGAACCAUGUUUUACAUUUGGAAAUGUCGAACGAAAUCGUUUGGCUGGUCCUACACAAAUCCAACAUAAUAUUGCGUUUACACCGCAGCCAGUACGAACAAGUCAUAUAAUCUUACCAGCACAUCUAGAAAAGGUCUGCGAACAGCUGGCAGAAAACAUCCACGAGCUGUGGGCCAUGUCAAAAAUUGCCAAUGGAUGGAAAUAUGGCGAAUACCGAGAUGAUGCACAAAAACGACAUCCGUGUUUAACUUUCUUUGAAAAUCUGGCACCGGAUGAGAGACAAAAGCAUUUAUCAACAGCAACAGAGAAUUUGAAAAGCUUGUUAGCAUUCGGUUAUCAUAUUGGUUUAGAAACGAAGAAUGAUGAUCGAAGAAUGAAAGCGAUGAAACUACCGCAAACAUAUGCACAAUCGAAUGGAUAUAAGCCGCAACCGUUAGACUUAGCGAAUGUUACUCUAUCGACAAAAAUGGAUGAGUUAGUUGAAGUUCUAGCCGAAAAUAUACAUAAUGUUUGGACAGCGGAAAGAAUCAAAGAUGGAUUUACAUAUGGAGUGUCGGAUAAUCCUCUUCAAAAACGCAGUCCUUAUUUACUACCGUUUUCAGUCAUUGAUGAAUGUAUAAAAAAGAUCAAUCGUGAUACAGCAAGUGAAACAGUCAAAACUCUUCUUGCUUAUGGUUACACAAUAGAUACACCCAUUGGUGACGUCAAGGAUCUUGAUCGAGAGGAUAAAGAUACGGCUAAUAAAGAACGUUUAUUAACAUAUCGAACAUACCGUGCUGAACGAACGUUUGCUGUCAUGCGUGGCAAAUGGUAUUACGAAGUCGAAAUCUUAACUACAGGUCGAGUGUUGAUCGGAUGGGGACAUGCAUCAAAACUUGAUGCUUACUAUCCACUUGGUACCGAUUCGUAUGGCUAUGCAUUCGAUGGUUUGAACGCUCAACGUUUGCAUCAAGAUACUUAUGAAAGUUUCGGUAAACCAUGGACUAAGCAUGAUAUUAUCGGCUGUAUGAUUGAUCUACAUGAUAAAACAAUAAGUUUUUCGUUGAAUGGCGAAUUAAUUCUCGAUAAUUAUGGCAAUGAAAUCGCUUUUGAUGAAUUGGAAAUCGAUGAUAUCGGCUUCGUACCUGUAUUAACCACAUUCAGUGGGCAAAAAGCUCGUUUGAAUUUCGGACAAGAUGUUAAUUCAUUGAAAUAUUUCACAUCGUGCGGUUUACAAGAAGGCUAUGAACCAUUCUGUGUUAAUAUGUCACGAAGUCUGACAUUUUGGUAUUCAAAUUUCAUACCGAAUUUUCAGUCGAUCAAAUCGGACUCACCGUCAUUUUCUGUUAUUCGAAUCGGUGCAAGCCGUGAUGAUCCACCGAUGAUCAAACUUGAAUCGCGAUUAUUCGGAACGUUGGAGAGAGUUGAAUUUGAAUUUCUACGAUUAUCUCUUCCAAUCUCAUGUCAUGACAAAUUCGUUCCAAGGUAUGUGACGCUCGAACGACGGAAGAUUGCUCUGAAUCAUUAUCUUGAAUCUCAAACGGAGAGAAAUAGUUUUUCAUUUUCACAAAAACCUUUCUCAUCUCCACCACGAGUGUCCAUCGAACAUGCUGAUCUGCCAUUAGCCAAUAAGUUAGGACGUGAUCCACAUAAUUCAUUAGUUAAAUUUCGCGAGCAAUCAUCGUUUCGAAACGCACCUGCCUCAUCACGUAAAAGCUCCUCGCCUGUUACUCCACGGCGGAAACCGCAACGGCGCUCAUCGGCAAGUAAAAUCAAUAACAUUUUCAGUUAUUUUCUCAAAGAACAACACGCAGACAAGCGUACGAUCAAGUCAGCAAUUAUAGAUAGUGCCAAUGCACCGAAUAUUAACCAACACUUACAACCACCACCCGCAUUGAAGGUUCCAUUGAAGCCAACAGGGAGUGUGGAAGGACGAAGAUCAAUUAGUGAUGCAGAUGGAGAGUUUCUCGAUCAACAAGUAAAAAGUUCCGAAUACGAUGAUGUACGCGUUAUUAACGAACAUGUUCAUGAGUAUUAUUAUGCAGUAAGAAUUUUACCUGGUCAAAACCCACGUUUUGUAUACGUCGGCUGGGUAACAUCGAAAUUUAGACCUAUCUACCGACGUGAUGAUACAUCGACGAACAAAUUAUCGAAAUUAAUUCGACGCUGUACAUUAAUUCAAACUGCCGAUGAUGGUUUAAUUGUGGAAAGUACUCAACGACAAGAUGCUUAUAUGUUUUCUGCAAACGAUCUAUUGGAUAAUAUGAUAGACAAAGAAAAUAUUGCCCGACGUGUAAGUAGUGGACUGCUAAUUGGAUGUUUAUGUGAUACGUCAACAGGACAACUAACAUUCUAUGUGAACGGAAAAGAAUCAUCGCAGAAACUUCAAGUUGAACCCAGUACGAAAUUGUAUCCAGCCGUAUUUGUAGAACCGACUGUGAAAGAAGUCUUACAAUUCGAACUAGGACGUAUCAAAAAUUGUUUACCACUAACCGCAGGUCUAUUUCCCAGUUUAAACCGUGACGAACGUUUUAUUCCACGAUUACCACCACGUUUGCAGUUGCAAUCUUUAGUUCAUUGCCAUUGGUCACGUGUGCCCAAUGCAAAUGUUCGUUGUCAACAGCUGAAAUUAUCUGAUAUUCGCGGAUGGAGUGUCUUUGUGGAAGACCCUGUUCAUAUGGAAGCCGUCUACAUCCCUGAAGACGACCGGUGCACCGAUAUGUUGAGCUUAGUCGAGGAUGAGGAUAAUCUCAGUUUCUGUUCGAAUACAUUACGACUCUAUAGUUCGAUAUGUGCUCAAGGAAAUAAUCGUGUAUCGCAUGAAAUUUGCAAACUUGUCGAUGAGAAACAACUGAUGUACUGUGUCAAAAAUACUUACAUUUGUGGGCCCGUUCGGAUCGCUAUCCACGAAUUACUCAUCGCAUUACAUUUUGAACCACACAUCAAAACGAGAAAUUUAACGUCAACUGAGUUUAUUAUUCCUCUAUCAACUUCGCUCCGAAAUAAUAAACUGCUAAGUCCAUACAACACCUUCGAACAGAGACAAAAGUUUGCAACAACAACACACAUACCAGCAACGGAGCACUUCGUCACUAUUCGACCUAAGUUGAUCAAAGAAGAAGAUUUCAAGACUGACCGUGAACGGAAACUCUUAGUUCCGCCACCAUUCAACGUUCCAAAUCUGAAGGAAUACAUCCUGAACUCAUUGACGGAUGCAGUUGAGAAGAGUGCGACCGUCCUUCGAGAUCCAGCUGGUGGUUCAUAUGCGAAUUGGCUUGUACCAAUACUUCAGUUGGUCGACGCUCUUCUAGUGAUGGGAUCACUUGGUCAGAAUAUAUUAGCAACUACUAAUUCAUCUAAAACGUGCUCUUUGUUUCUUCUUCUUCUAGAAGAAAAUGACAUUCGACAAUUAUUGACUUUAAUCGAUCCAACAUCGUUUCACUUUCAACUCGAUCGACAUUUCAAGAAAGGUUUAUUUCAAAUGAGAUUAGAUGAGCCCGUUAAACUUCAACUGUGUUAUAUUUUACAACACCUGUGUCGUUAUCAAUUACAAUACCGUGUUGAAGGUAUCAUCUCAUUUUCCGAAGAAUUCGUUGCCAGAUUACAAGCGGAUCAAAAACGGCGUUAUCAUACUUUGCAAGAGGCGAAUCUAUCACCGGCAUUGAUGGCAAAGAAAACACGAGAGUUUCGUUGUCCACCGAAAGAUCAAAUGCAAGCAUUGAUGAAUUUCAAAGCUCUUUUGACUGACGCAACAAAUGCACAUCAAGAUGGAAUCCAUGAUGAACUAAAGCUGAUGAUGAAAAAUUUCCAUUCGAAUCUUCUUGCGUUACAGCAUGUGGUCGAGCUAGACGAAAUCUUGAACGAAACAGUAAAGAUAACGCAAGUGGAUUCCAAUGAACAGGUCGCACUGUUCCCACGAUUAUUGGAAACAGUUAUACGAUAUUCAUUGAAAAAGAAGGAGGAAGAAAAAGAGAUUCAAAAUAAACAAAUCACAUAUAAUACGGAAAAAACAUUGUCGGAAGUGAUCAAGUCGACAGUUAUCAAAUGGGGCCGAUCGACUAAUAUCAGUGAUCCAAAUUUAGUUCGGGAGAUGUUCAAACUAAUUUACGAUCAAUACGAUGGUAUUGGGGAGAUUUCCCGAAGUCUCGAACGAACUUAUACCGUUAAUGAAUCAUCUAAAGUUGAUAUAUUGCUACUACUGCGUAAAUUAAGUAUCAUUCGUGCUCUUUUAACCGUGCAGAUGGAUUCCGAAGAAGAAGACAUUAUGAUAUCCUGUUUGAAUGAUAUUAUGGACAAUCGGGUGUUUUAUCAACACCCUGAUCUGAUGCGUUCACUCUGUGUGCAUGAGACCGUAAUGGCGAUUAUGGUGAAUCGUUUGAAUAAAAGUAAGCAGGAGCAAACAUCCAUGAAUGAAACCGAUGGUUUGAAGCAAACAAGCGAAAGUGGUGAAAAUUUGGAAAGUCAUCCGGCUAAAGAUGAUAAAGUUGAACUUGUCACGACUUGUUGUAAAUUUCUAUCAUAUUUUUGUCGAACAUCAAGACACAAUCAACGAGCCAUGUUCGAACAUCUAAGUUAUCUAUUAGAAAAUAGUUCCAUGCUACUUUCUCGUCCGUCACUUCGUGGCUCAGCACCAUUGGAUGUCGCCUGUGCCAGUGUAAUGGAUAAUAAUGAACUAGCGUUGGCUUUGCGAGAGUCACAUUUAGAAAAAAUCGCAUCGUAUUUAUCCCGUUGCGGUACAACGAGAAAUGAAGAACUAUUUCUACAAGGCUAUCAUGAUAUUGGUUGGGAUCCUGUUGAUGGCGAACGAUUUCUUGAUUUUUUGAAAUUCUGUGUAUGGGUAAAUGGCGAUACCGUGGAAGAAAAUGCUGACUUAGUUGUUCGACUACUUAUCCGUCGGCCGGAUUGUCUAGGACCAGCGUUGAGAGGUGAAGGUGGCGGUUUAUUAAAAGCGAUACGCGAAGGCAUUGCACAAUCACUUUAUAUUGCGAGACGACAAGAUCCUGAUAAUCCAGUUGUUGAAGCCGCCUAUCAAGAAAUAAUCAAUGAUGAAAGCAUGCAUAAUUUGAGUGAAGAAUUUGAUCACCUUCAAGUUCGUUUACCAUAUGUCGAGGAAGAAGAGUACAUCGAUUUGGGUGCAGCAGAAUUGUCAUUUUAUGCUAUUUUGGUGGAGUUAUUAGGUCGAUGUGCGCCAUCAGACGAAUUGAUUCGUGUAGGCAAACCCAAUGCUGUUCGCGCGAAAUCAAUCCUUAAAAGUCUUGUCUCCAUGCACGAUCUCGAAGGUGUACUUGGUCUUAGAUUUCUUCUACCGUAUGAAAAUUCAAUGCCACCGGGUCUAUUACCUGCUCAUAAAAUGUCUACAAUACUGUUUCUCGAACGUGUCUAUGGUAUUCCAGAUCAAGAAACAUUUUUCAAUCUCAUCGAAGAUGCGUUUAUUCCUGACAUUCGCGCUGCAACCAUCCUAGAAAGAGCCAUUGUCACCGACAGCGAUAUGGCGUUAGCACUAAAUCGUUAUCUAUGUACGAAUGUGAUUCCAUUAAUGAAAUCUCAUGCACAUUAUUUUGAUGAUUGUGAUCAUCGCUCAACACUUCUUCAAUUGAUCUUACAUCUGGUUUAUCGUCUAUCGAAAAGUCAUUCAUUGACAAAGAGUCAAUUAGAUGUCAUCUGUGAUUUCUUACUUGUUUUUGCCAGUCAAUUGAAACCAUCCAUGAUGACUCCGUUAUUAAAACAACUCGUUCACGAUAUACCUGUAUUGACCGAGCAAACAAUAGUGCCAUUGAGAAUGUUAACACAAUGGUAUGAAAGAUGCUGUCGUUAUUAUACAGUUGCUGCAACGGAAGAGGAAAAACGUUUAACCAUGCUGUUAUUUCAAAAGAUUUUCGAUGCCCUGGCCUCACGAGAUUAUGAUCCUGAAUUGUUUGGCAAAGCGUUGCCGUGUUUGACCGCUAUUGGCAGCGCUCUGUCGCCAGACUAUGCAUAUCCGUCUACUCACGAAGAACAUCUCGAACAUGAACGGGAAAAAUUCGAAAUGGAACGUCCGUAUGAGCCCAAACCAGUGGAUACGACCACUGUUUUACUAACUCCAGCAUUGGAUGAGCUUGUUAAAGCUUAUGCUGAAAGUGUCCAUGAUCAAUGGUCAUAUACUAAAAUUGAACAAGGCUGGACAUAUGGUGAAAAAAUCAAUGCUAAAUUUCGUCAACAUCCGAAUCUAAAAUCGUAUAAGCAACUUGAUCGAAAGGAAAUUGCAAAGCUCGAAGAUCCCAUUCGGGAAGCACUGAAAUCUAUUGAAAGGUUACAUUAUCAAUUAGAAAAGACUGGUACAGGUCUGACACGUGUUCCAACGAAGCCACUUCAACGAAAGAAAGGAAAAGAUAAAAACACGUUGGAUUAUGUUCCGAAAGCGAUGGAUUUCAGUAGUGUAACAAUGAAUCGAGAAAUGCAGGAAUUAUCCGAAGCAUUAGCUAAAAACGCUCAUGAAAUUUGGGCUAAAGCAUUGAAAUUUCGUCUAACUGCUAUUGGUGGUGGUCUUCAUUCUCGACUGGUGCACUAUGAGCUAUUAACAGAUACCGAGAAGCAAAAAGAUUUGAAAUUCUAUCAAGAUUUGGUUAGAUAUCUCAGCGUAUCUGGUUAUCGCGUGAUUAGGCCGAUGACGGAUCAAGAAUCGAUCGACAUAUCAUUGAAUCCACAUCUUACGACAUCGCCAUCAGGAAUUUUCAAUGAAAAUCGCUUUGCUUAUAGUUUGUUGGAAAAGCUACUCGAAUAUGUCGAGCGUGCCUCGUUCACAAUGCAAAAUUAUAAAGAAAGCUCGAAGUUUUCAUUGCACGAAACGUACAGUAUCAUAACAAAAGAUGUGAAAUUUUUCGGCAAAGUGGUUCUACCAUUGAUUGAGAAGUACUUUCGAGCACAUCGAGACUAUUUCAUAACGCCAUCGUCAAUCAAAUCUGGUAUUGGUUGUGCAUCAGUAAAAGAGAAAGAAAUGUGCUGUAGUCUGUUCUGUAAAUUGGCCUAUUUAUUACGUGAAAGGUUCAAUGCAUUUGGCAAUGACGUUAGUAUCUCAGUCCGUUGUUUGAAAGUUCUCGUUCGAGCAAUUGAUGUUAGUUCGGUGAUGAAGAACAGUCAAGAAAUGGUUCGUGCUUCGCUAUUGCCAUUGUUUAACAAUAUCGCAGAAGAUUUAAAUCAAACUGUACGCAAUCUCGAAGAAAAUCGAUUUAGUAAUAUCAAGGGUACAUUACAUCGCGGUACAACGAGUUUAAUAUAUCUACAUAUGGUUCUUUUACCUGUAUUGUAUUCUAUGCUUGAUCAUUUGGGUAAGAAUAAUUAUGGUGCUGAUCUAUUCGUCAAUGAAAUUCAAUUAGCUGGCUAUAAAAUUCUACAUUCGUUAUGGGUCAUUGGGACGCAAGGUGCAAAAUUUGUUGACCGACAAUGGAUUAUCGAUGAAUUGAAUCGUUACCGUCCGUUACUCGGCGAUUGUUUAACAGCGUUUGCCACUUGUUUUCCAGUGGCAUUCUUCGAACCGGAAUUCAAUGAAAAUAAUAAAAAUGCAACUGAUGUCUCACUUUUAUCACCAGAAGCACAUGAUGUCAUGACAAAUGUUUCGUUGACAAUUCCUCAUCUCUCAAAAAUCAUCACAGAUAUCGAGGAACAUGCUGAAUCUAAAGUCAAAUAUGAAGAAGCACCAUAUGUCGUGGAAGUUAUUUUACCAUGUGUUUGUUCAUAUCUGUCCUAUUGGUGGUCAAUUGGAGCACAGAAAAGCAAACAAGUAACUGAACCGAAAGUAUCAAACGUCACAGCAAAUCACAUGAAUUCAGUCUUGGGUAGUGUUUUGAAAUUGAUCAAUAAGAAUCUUGGUGCAGUUGAAGCGCCAUGGAUGAAACGUAUUGCGGUGUACACUCAAGCAAUUAUAUUCAAUUCAUCAACGAAUCUUCUUCAACCAUACUUUGUACCUUUGUCCAACUGUUUGAAAAUGAAAUGUGCUGAUAUCUAUGCACAGGAGCAAUAUCUAAAGCAUGCUACUCGAAUAGAAUCGAUUGAACGUGAGGAUCUUGAGGCGAAUCUAAUAAAAGAUUAUGAAAUUCUUGUCCGUGAUGUGUAUGCCUUUGGACCCCUAUUGAUCAAAUAUGUUGACAUUCACCGUUCGUACUGGCUCAAACACGGUGACGUGCACGCUGAUCAAUUGUAUAAUAACAUGGCAGAAGUGUUUUCUACUUGGUGUAAAUCAAAAUUUUUCAAACGCGAAGAGAUCAAUUUUGCCAGUCAACAUAACAUUGAUAAUACUAGUGUGCUAAUGCCGAGCGGAACUAAAGAACCAGUGAAUGUUCUUCCAAUGAAAAACCAGAAAGAUAUGACUGGAAAGCCAAAGCGUAAGAAACGUCGAGUGGAUCGAGAGAAAUUUACGUCGUUAACAGUCGCCUGCAUAAAGCGUUUGUUACCUAUUGGAAUAAAUACAUUCGGUGGACGAGAGCAAGAACUCGUGCAAUUAGCGAAACAAAAAAUGAUUGAAAUGAAACUCGAGCAAAUUGAAAAAGUAGAAAAUUCAUCAGAAGAUCAAAAUUUACUCGAUUUAUCGACGGAUGAAGAAGAAGCCAUCGAAGAAUUUCUUCGAGAUAUAUGUCUGGCUCAAGAACAAGGCGAAAUAGUGAAUAAAAAUACUUGGCAAAGUGCACUGUAUCGUAAGAUUGGUUCGAAAUCACGUCAUGCGGAAAUGAUCCAUUCUCAUGAGACGUCAAUCAAGAAAAUGUUAAAAAUGUCGAAGGUUUUAUUUGGUUUGAAUUUUGUUGAUCAUUCUCCAGCACAUCGUCGAAAUACCCGGCGAAAACUCGUUUCGUCUCAACGUAAGAAAGCAAUUAUGGCUUGCUUUCGUAUGGCACCACUGCAUUCUGUUAUACGUCAUCGAGCAAUGAAUAUGUUUCUACGUACCUAUCGAGAACUCUGGCUAGAAACGGAAGAGGAUAUUCGAGCACGUUUAAUUGAAAAUCUAUGUGAAGAGAAUAAUGAAGAUAUUGCUGAUCAAGAAGUAACCGUGGUUAAAGAAGAAACGAAAACGGAAACGGAGAGUUUGAUAUUAACAAUGACGAUUCGACCCGAUCCAUUACGGCAGUUACUGCAAUGUUUAAAUCGAUCGGCCACGACAGCACAGAUAGUCUCUGUUAGUGAGGAUCCUCUACAUGUGUCAUAUUCAACAAUUAUGAGUAAAAGUUGUAUCAUUGCUGAAGAUGAUGACGAUGGUGGAGGGGAUGACGUGAAAUCUUUUCAAGAACAAGAAAUGGAGAAACAAAAAUUACUGUAUGAACAGAAUCGUUUAGCUAAUCGAGGUGCUGCCGAAACUGUUCUGUUGUACAUAAGCGCAAGCAAAGGUAAGAUUUUCCGUGAAAUAGAAUCAUUGCAAGUUCAAAUAAAACAUUUAGGUGAAAAUAAUGAAAUGCUCCAGAAAACAUUACAACUUGGUAUAUCACUCUUACAUGGUGGUAAUCGAGAAGUACAGAAACGAAUGCUGGAUUAUUUGAAAGAAACAAAAGAUGUCGGAUGUUUUACUUCAUUAGCUGCAUUAAUGGCAAAUUGCAGUGUUCUGGAUCUGGACACAUUUGAACGUUGUAUCAAAGCCGAAGUUCUUGGCGUCGGUUCGGAAGGCAUGGCUGGCGAAAAAAAUCUACACGAUGCUGAUUUUACCAUCUCACUUUUCCGUUUUUGUCAGCUUCUAUGUGAAGGACAUAAUCUCGAAUUUCAAAACUAUCUUCGUUCGCAACCGGGAAGUAAUACAAAUGUCAAUAUUAUCAUUUGUACUGUCGACUAUCUACUGACACUACAAGAAUCACUCAUGGAUUUCUAUUGGCAUUACUCAGGCAAGGAAACAGUUGAUGCACAUGGAAGAGAAAAUUUUUGUCGAGCCAUCAGCGUAGCAAAACAAGUUUUCAAUACAUUGACUGAAUACAUUCAAGGCCCAUGUUCACAAAAUCAACUGGCUUUAGCGAACAGUCGUUUGUGGGACGCAAUAUCUGGCUUCCUCUAUCUUUUCGCACAUAUGCAACGAAAACUAUCUCAAGAUCCAUUACAAAUCGAAUUAUUACGUGAGCUUAUUAAGCUACAAAAAGAUAUGAUAAUCAUGCUACUAUCAAUGCUUGAAGGAAAUGUACUCAAUGGUCCAAUUGGUAAACAAAUGGUUGAUACAUUGAUUGAAUCUCAGACCAAUGUGGAACUAUUAUUACAAUUUUUCGAUAUAUUUCUUAAAAUGAAAGGGUUAACAGCUUCGGAGGCUUUUCAAGAAUUUGAUGCGAAUAAGGAUGGAUUUAUAUCUCCAAAGGAAUUUCGUCGGGCUAUGGAAGCACAAAAAAUGUAUUCGAGUCAAGAUAUAGAUUACAUUCUUAUGUGUGUGGAUACGAAUCAAGAUGGAAAGAUCGAUUUCAUGGAGUUUACCGAACGAUUUCAUACACCGGCAAAAGAUAUUGGUUUUAAUAUGGCAGUUCUGCUAACUAAUUUGUCUGAGCAUAUGCCACAUGAUACACGCUUGCAGCGUUUAAUGGAUAAGAGCAAAAGUUUCCUGUCACAUUUUCAAGAUUAUCUCGGAAGAAUUGAAAUCAAAGGUGGAGCUGGUUAUAUCGAACGUGUUUAUUUUGAAAUAACUGAAUCAAAUAUCGAUCAAUGGAAUAAACCACAUAUUAAAGAAUCGAAAAAAGCAUUUUUACAUUUAGUCGUCAAUGAAACGGACGAUAAAGAAAAACUGGAACAAUUUAUUAACUUCUGCGAAGAUACUAUUUUUGAAAUGCAACAUGCAGUUGCCCUCAGCGGCGAGGAUGACGAACAAGAAUUACGCACAUCCGUAUCACCUAGUGGUGAAUUCGGUCUUACUCAAUCAACUACAGCUAAUUCUCUCAAAUCGAUCUUCUCUAAUACUUGGUUCAGUAUCAAAUAUCUAUUUUACCUGCUUCAUCCAACAACAAUUCAACAAGGAUAUCAACAAGUUCGACAACUGACGUUUAUAGAUGUGAUCAAAGGAUUUGUUUCGUUAUUGACCGGAUGCGUUCGGCUGCUCUUCUUUAUCAUCGCGUGUAGCAUAAGAACGUUAGCGUACUGUAUCUCUUCCAUGAUGCAUGAAGACACACAUCAAGAACGAAAACACUCGGAUAGAAAUGUUCUUCCUCUAUCGACAAAACGUCGUGAUCAUCGAUUACCAUCGUUAAAUGUUAUGCAAAGCGGUCUUACUGGUCGAACAAAUUCGAUAACAACAAAUGCACUGGGUACAAGUCAUCAUUUAGAUACUGCACUACAUACAAAAAUGUCUCUAACACCUGAAGAGAUCAACUUACUUAAUUUUGAACACACUAGACCUUUCGACAUUCAUCAAAAGCCUUUAUUCGUACAUAAUAUUGAUUCAUCGAAAUCUUCACACGUGCCAUCUUCGAUUACAACAACAACACAUCUGUCACCAGCGACAUACGCUAAUCAACAUCACCAUUCAAUAACAGCUAGUGUACCUCAUCAGCCACAACUAACGGCAACAAUCAAUAUGUCACAAAACUUAAUUGAACAAUCAAAACAUGCUCUCACUAUUGAUAUUAAAGCAGAAUAUCAUCACAAGCGACCAUCGAGUGGUACCAAUGUAGGAAUCAUCGACGAUGAUGAAAUUAUUCAUCCAGAACCACAAGGCCCCGCUGAUUUUGGAAAAAAAGCGCUGGCAUUGGUAGCAAGAAACUAUCAUCAAUUGAAAUUCAUGGCCCUUUGUCUUGCUUUUGUCAUCAACUUUCUUAUGUUAUUUUAUAAAGCAAUACCAACAUCUUCGCCCUCCACAACCCCUUCCGAUGCAAUUGAACGCGUUGACGAUGACGAAAACGAAGUCAUCAUGAUGGAUCCGAAAAAUUACUUUAUGGUUUAUCUGUUGAAACUCAGCGCCUUUCUACAUUCGUCAAUCGCGUUUUUAAUGAUGAUCAGUUACUACAAAUUAAAAGUUCCAUUAGUUAUAUUCAAACGAGAGAAAGAAAUCGCUCGAAAAUUAGAAUUUGAAGGUGCUUGGUUAAUUGAUCAGCCAAGUGAAAAUAAUUCUUGGCUAUUAUCUUAUUUGUCACGUGAAUGGCAUAAGCUUGUUAUAAGUUCCAAGUCAUUUCCCGAUUCUUACUGGGAUAAAUUCGUUAAAAAGAAGGUGCGAAAUAAAUAUGCCGAUCAAUUUGAUUACGAUGAACUGAAUCGAUUUCUGGGCAUGGAGAAAACUGAUACACCAGGAAAGUUUGAAAUUGUUAAACCAAUCGAAACGGGUUUAUGGGGAAAAAUAAAAUCAAUCGAUUUACGUUAUCAAAUUUGGAAAUGGGGUGUGAUUUUUACGGAUAAUUCAUUUCUAUACGUCUUCUUUUACUUCUUAUUCUCUGUCAUUGGCAACUAUACAUAUUUCGUCUUUGCUAUUCAUUUACUCGAUGUGGCAAUAAGUGUCAAAGCGUUAAGUACAAUCUUAAAAUCCAUUACUCACAACGGUCGACAAUUACUUCUAACAAUUAUGUUAAUGACUGUUGUUGUUUAUCUUUAUACUGUAAUUGCAUUUAACUUUUUUCGCAAAUUUUACACUAAAGAAGAGGAUGAAGAACGUGAAGAGAAUUGUAAAGAUAUGUUUACUUGUUUCAAAUUUCAUUUAUAUUCGGGUAUUCGAGCUGGUGGUGGUAUCGGCGAUGAACUCGAAUCACCGAAUGGUGAUCCGUUGGAAUUAUAUCGAAUUGUUUUUGAUAUAACAUUCUUCUUCUUUAUCAUUGUUAUUCUUUUGGCUAUUAUUCAAGGUUUGAUCAUUGACGCAUUCGGAGAUCUUCGUGAACAACUUGAUUCAGUCAAGGAAACACUUGAAUCAAAAUGUUUCAUUUGCGGAAUCGGUCAAGAUUAUUUCGAUAAAGAACCACAUGGUUUCGAAACUCAUACGACAGCAGAACAUAAUUUCGCAAAUUAUUUGUUCUUUUUAACACAUCUGCUAAAUAAACCUGAUACUGAACAUACAGGACAGGAAAGUUAUGUUUGGGAAAUGUAUCAGAGUCGUAAAUGGGAUUUCUUUCCUAUUGGAGAUUGUUUUCGACGACAAUAUGAAUCAGGAAGUGGUGGAACAACAGCAGAAAGUUAA